AUGGAGGAUAAGCCUGGUCAGCAUCGUCUACAUUUAAUUGGAUGGGAUGAUAUUUUGAAGCCAAAGAAUUGUGGUGGUUUGGGUAUUAAAAAGCUUUCGUUGAUGAAUGAUGCUUUUCUUGCAAAGCUAGCUUCAAAGUAUUUGAAUUCUUUGCUCCCUUGUGUGGUGGUGCAACAAAUCCAAAGUUUUCUCCCUCCUCACCCUCAAGAUGGUAGAGAUUCAAAGAGAAGGUAUUUUCAGGGUGCUCAAAGAAUAACUAUAAGGGUUCUUUAUGCUCAUUUGAGAUAUGCAGAUAGUUUUAUAGCCCAGCCGGUUGUGAUUGAUUGGCUAAAAUUGUGGAAGUGGCAAGGUCACCAGCGGAUUAAAUUGUUUAUGUGGAAGCUUUGGCAGUGGAGAAAUGCUCUGGAGCACGGUCAACAAUCUAAUAAUGAUUUCUUUAAGGGAUCUUUUGUUAGACGUAUGGCUAUUCAUGUUAUUGAGGCUUAUAGGCAGAAUAAAUUAAAGACACAUAUUGGAGGUAGUUCUCAGUAUUUUGUUUCGUGGACUCUACCUGAAGUGGAUUGGAUCAAAAUUAAUUCGGAUGAAGCAUCAAUAGGCAAUUUGGGUAUGGCUGUAUGUGGAGGUAUUUUUCGAGAUUCUGCUGGUAGCUGGUUAGGUGGUUUCACCUAUAAUAUUGGUUAUUGUUCUGCCUUAGUUGCUGAAUAUUGGGGCAUAUUAAAAGGUCUGGAAACGGCUUGGACAAGGGGUUGA